UUUAUGCUGCGUACUGAGUCGUACGGACGAUGUCUUCUGACUUUUCACAACGACCAUCGUCAGACGCGUCAAGUGUCGUUUCACUUGGACUCCGACGUUGUAAGGGUGCAGCCAGUGAAAGCAGAAAUGUACCCCACUGUCUUCUCACUGCUCCUAGUUUUUGGCACAAUCUACCAUGCUGCUGGGGCAAAGAUCACCCAUCACAGCGUCCCUAUUGUCAACGGGGCUUGCAAGUUCCAUGGCUACACAAUUAAGGAAGGAGUGAUUAUGCCUCUGAUCAUCAACGAAUGUGCGUUGGCGAGAUGCAAUGCUACGUUGCAGAUUGUGUUCCGGGAGACAUGCGACGACCCGCCACCUAACUGCUUCAGUCCAUUCGGAGGCACAUAUCCUGAAUGCUGUGAACACUACAUUUGUUGAGACUGCCAGUGUCAGGGAUACGCACCUGUCAGCUGCAAUAAAUCUUCGGCGGUAUCACGGAAUGGAAGCGAUGUAAUGAAAA